AUGACUGGUUUACAACCAAGAAGAGGUCCCUGGUUACCUCAAGAAGAAAAUGAUCUUAUUUCGUAUUUCAAUGACAUUGGCGCUGAUUGGUUCGAAAUUUCAUCAAGACUUAUGACUAGAAACGCUCAGCAAUGUAGAAGAAGAUAUCGUGAGCUUGUAUUAGCAAAUGCUGUGCAGCUUCCACUACAAGUGCGAGUUUGA